AUGGUUACCACUGCUGCUACCACUCCACACCUAAAGAUAACAAACGCCGCCGCAUUCGGGUCCCGACGGGUUACAGGAUCCGGGUCAAGGGUUUGGCCCAGGAUUCACUCGCUCUCCAUGGCGAGCUCCGCUUUUGCUCUAUCCAGCGCCUUUCUUCCUGCCCGCGACAACCUCGUUUUCCUCGCAGGCGGCUCGGCCCGCCGGCGAGCCGGCCGAUUCGACCCACGUGCUGUUUCAAGUGGGCUCUGUCUCCGGAGGCUUCCCACCUCUGAUUUUUGUGUGGCGGCGGCGGCGGCGGCGGGAGCUACCACUUCCGACCAGCCUAGCUCUUCAGCUCAAGGGAUCGAGAAUGUGGUGAUUAUAGGAUCGGGUCCAGCUGGAUAUACAGCAGCAAUUUAUGCUGCUCGAGCCAAUUUGAAGCCAGUGGUCUUUGAGGGAUAUCAAGCUGGUGGCGUUCCAGGAGGACAAUUAAUGACGACAACAGAAGUCGAGAACUUUCCUGGUUUCCCUGAUGGUAUAACGGGUCCGGAUUUAAUGGACAGAAUGCGACGACAAGCCGAGCGAUGGGGUGCGGAGUUAUAUCAAGAAGAUGUGGAAUUUAUUGAUGUGAAAAACAGACCUUUUACCGUGCAGAGUAGUGAACGCAAGGUGAAAUGCCACAGCAUUAUUUAUGCCACGGGUGCCACUGCAAAGAGGCUGAAAUUGCCUCGAGAGGAUGAGUUUUGGAGUAGAGGAAUAAGCGCUUGUGCAAUAUGUGACGGGGCUUCUCCACUGUUUAAAGGCCAAGUUCUUGCUGUUGUUGGAGGAGGUGAUACGGCCACAGAGGAAGCUUUAUAUUUGACAAAAUACGCUCGACAUGUCCACUUACUUGUUCGUAAGGACCAAUUAAGGGCAUCGAAGGCAAUGCAAGAUAGAGUAUUCAACAAUCCGAACAUCACGGUUCACUUCAACACCGAAACAGUAGACAUCGUCAGCAACACAAAGGGUCAAAUGUCCGGCGUUUUGCUCAGAAAAGUCGACACAAACGAGGAAUCGGUCUUAGAGGCAAAGGGCCUGUUUUACGGCAUUGGCCAUUCCCCAAACAGUCAGUUAUUGGAAGGCCAAGUGGAUCUCGAUAUUGCCGGUUAUGUUUUGGUCGAGGAAGGGUCUGCAAGAACAUCGGUGGAUGGCGUGUUUGCUGCUGGCGAUGUGCAGGACCAUGAAUGGAGACAAGCUGUAACUGCAGCUGGAUCGGGAUGCGUUGCGGCUCUAUCGGUCGAGAGAUACCUUACGAGCGAAAAUCUGCUGAUAGAAUUUCACCAGCCAGCAACCGAGGAGGUUAAGAAAGAACUUACCGACCGGGACGUACAAGAAGGUUUCGAUAUCACGCUCACCAAGCACAGGGGCCAGUACGCGCUUCGGAAGUUGUAUCAUGAGAGCUCGAGACUUAUUUGUGUGCUAUAUACUGCACCAACAUGCGGUCCAUGUAGAACCUUGAAACCAAUACUCAGCAAGGUCAUCGAUGAAUUCGACCAAAAUGUCCACUUUAUUGAGAUCGAUAUUGAGGAGGAUCAGGAGAUUGCCGAGGCUGCUGGAAUCAUGGGUACACCUUGUGUCCAGUUCUUCAAGAACAAAGAAAUGCUCAGGACUGUUUCGGGUGUCAAAAUGAAGAAAGAGUACAGGGAGUUCAUCGAAGCAAAUAAAUGA